AUGAGUAAAGAUCAUCUUUUAUUGAUUAUUAAUCGAUGGAAAAAUGAAACAUAUAGUUUAUCUCACCAAUUAAAAUCUUUGAAAAGUGAUUAUGAAAAAGAAUAUUUUCAUCUUCAACAAAAACUAAAUCAAUAUCAAUAUGAAAAUAUUUUAUUGAAAAAUUCUAUUCAAUCUUUACCAAAAAAUUUAAAUCAAUCAACAAUUUCUCAUCAAAUUUCUAUUUUAUGUCAAGUUUUUAUUCACAAUCUAAAUACUUUAUUAUUAUCAGAAAAAACAAUUGAAGAAAAACAAGAAUUAAUACCAAAUAUUCCUCCAAUUAUUGAAAAUAUUGAAACAAAUAUCAAACAAAUUGGAUAUUUAAUCAAUAAUAUCAAUGAAAAUUGUUCAAAUCAUUUAAAAUCUAGAUAA